GGACACACUGUCUUCUUCUCUCCUUCCAUCAGGAAUCAGGAUAUCUCUCCGAUCAAAUCACGGAAAAACCUGUGACUCUCUCUCUCUCUCUCUCUCUCUCUGGACUUUUUCGGCCCUUUGAGCAUCGGAUCAAGUUUCAAAAUGCUGGCCAUGUAGAGGGGUUCUCAGCUCUGUUCAAUGUAGCUUCCUCUCGACUCGAUCUGCAUCUAAAACUGGUUUUGGCAUUCGGGUCUUGGAAAUGUCAAUAUGUAAACUAAGAUGAGCCAGACAGAAGUGUCAAGGAUGAAGCCUUCUCUUGUUCCGCUUGCAACUCUGAUUGGUCGUGAGCUUAGGAAUGAGAAGGUUGAGAAACCUUUUGUUAAGUAUGGACAGGCUGCUUUGGCAAAGAAGGGAGAGGAUUACUUCCUGAUAAAACCUGAUUGUCAGCGGAUUCCAGGAAAUCAGUCGACACCAUUCUCUGUCUUUGCGAUUUUUGAUGGGCAUAAUGGUAUAUCAGCUGCUAUCUUUGUAAAGGAGAAUUUACUUGGAAAUGUUUUGAGUGCAAUUCCUCUAGGAAUCAGCAGGGAAGAGUGGCUUCAAGCCCUUCCUCGGGCUUUAGUUGCAGGUUUCGUGAAAACUGACAUAGAAUUUCAGCAGAAAGGAGAGACUUCUGGGACAACGGUGACAUUUGUCGUGAUUGAUGGUUGGACAAUCACUGUUGCAUCUGUGGGGGAUUCACGAUGCAUAUUGGACACCCAAGGAGGUGUGGUUUCUCUCUUGACUGUUGAUCACAGGCUGGAAGAGAAUGCAGAAGAGAGAGAACGUGUCACUGCUAGCGGGGGUGAAGUAGGAAGGCUCAAUAUAUUUGGAGGAAAUGAGGUUGGCCCCCUUCGCUGCUGGCCUGGUGGAUUAUGCCUUUCUAGGUCAAUUGGUGAUACAGAUGUUGGAGAGUUCAUUGUCCCAAUACCACAUGUUAAGCAAGUGAAGCUUUCAAAUGCUGGAGGAAGACUUAUAAUUGCUUCUGAUGGUAUCUGGGAUGCUUUAUCUUCUGAUAUGGCUGCCAAGUCUUGUAGGGGUUUACCUGCAGAGCUAGGUGCAAAGCUAGUCGUGAAGGAGGCUUUGAGGACGAGGGGCCUGAAGGAUGAUACAACCUGCCUUGUUGUUGAUAUUAUCCCAUGUGACCGUCCUGUUCUACCAUUAACACCAAGGAAGAAACAGAAUAUGCUCAGUUCAAUAUUUGGGAAGAAAUCUCAGAAUUCUAUGAGCAAAUCAACAAAUAAGCUUUCUGCUAUUGGGGUUGUGGAGGAGUUGUUUGAAGAGGGUUCUGCAAUGCUUGCAGAAAGGCUGGGUAAGGAUUUUCCUCUGAACACAAACUCUGGGCUUUUCCGGUGUGCAGUCUGCCAAGUUGAUCAACCCCUUGCUGAUGGAUUAUCAGUAAAUUCAGGGCCCUUCUUCUCACCAGCAUCAAAAGCAUGGGAAGGCUCCUCCCUCUGUGCUAACUGUCGGAAGAAGAAAGAUGCCAUGGAAGGAAAAAGGCCAAGCCAACCCACGGUGACCUCAUGGUAGUUUUCUCUGUUAUAUUGGUAAAUAUAGAGAUUUUUUCUGGCAGUGUGAGCAUGCUUGGUUUUUAAGAAAUGAGGGAGAGAUACAGAAAGAGAGAGAAUUUGGAGAUUUUUAAACGAUUGUGCCAAUUCUGUCUGCUCAGCUGUUGGACUGACUGACAGAGAACAAACAUGUUACCUAUUGGUUAUAUUGUGAUAUUGUGAUAGUGAUUACUAACAGCUUGAAUUUGCAAGUAAAUGAAGGUUGCCUAAUGAGAAGUUAUGAUCACAG